ACGCGCCACAUUGCUCGUCCCAACCACAAUGUCGCAUUAUCCCCCAUUUUUCGCUCGUGAUUUGGGAGACGCGGAGAAAGGAGGAGAUGAACCCUGGCGGUCGAAAGAUCCAAUCACCUACCGAGAUGGGAAAAGCAACAAAAGAGAAGAUAUCGUUGAAGAGGAUUAUAGGAGACAACUCCUUAUAUCGCCCUACGCCAAAUAUGUCGCGCCAGACGCUUUGAUUUGGGCCUUGUAUCUAGAAGAAGCAGAGGCCGACGAUAGAGAGCUAAUGGAUCCUUGGAGCAAGAACUUGGACUCGUUGUUAGUAUUCGUGAGUCAAAGUGUUUUCGGACAUGGCCACCGUUCUCAUCGUGCACAGGCAGGGUUGUUCGCCGCGAUCUUGACCGCCUUUCUCGUAGAGAGUCGCAAAGAACUCUUUGAAGAUUCACAAACUCAACUUCUCAAAGAGAUCCUCAUCACCAUGCGCAACAGUUCGGAUACCUCGAACCCCGAGGCGUUCACGCCAGAAGCAUCCUUUUUGAACAUCAAUGGUCUCUGGUUUACUAGCCUCACUCUCACCCUGGCCAGUGCACUCGGUGGUGUGCUAUCCAAAGGCUGGAUUGCCACGCAUAGUAGCUCGUCCAUGCGGAAAACCUCCAACGACGCAUUCGCGCGACACCUCCGCUCCAACCGUAUUCGCAAAUGGAGAGUGGGCGCUAUCAUCUCUAUUGUAUCCCUCCUCAUCCAAAUCGCACUCUUUCUCUUCUUUGUGGGAUUGGUGCUCAUCUUAUGGAGUACAGAUGAUAGGAUCAAAUUCACCAUCUUGGCGUUGGUAUCAAUCACAUCACUUCUUUACUUGGUGAUCACGUUUUUGCCUUGGAUAUUCCCUGCGUGUCCACUUCAAACACCAAUCACGGAGGGAACACCGUGGAUUCGACGACCGGACGUUUAUGGCCAACGAGGUCGUUCGAUGAACACUCCUGCAGGAGCAGACCGUGGUCUCUGGGUAGAAGUCACAUCGCUAUACGAAGAGCUCCGAUCGAUCCCAAAGCCACAAGAAUUGGAGGCACAAAUCCUCGCCUGGGUCAUUUCGAAUACGCUUGACAAGCGGGUGUUGACGGAAGCAUUAAAGGCACUCGCAGGGGUAGAAUGGACUCAAGAGCUACGGAGAACUUUGGCCGAGUUUGGAGCGUUUUCUGUCUUGAGGACCAGACUUCCUCAGUAUCUGAACCAAGCUCGGGUGUCGGGGGAUAGUGAUGAAGAAUGGACGUGCAUCCUGUUAUACCUCAUGCUGCAAAUUGAAAUGGGGGUCCAAGGGGAUAAAGCCGGAGAAAGGUCCCCUUUUGAGUCGUUGCUCAGGGAGGGGGGUGCGCUUCAUAGGUGGCAGGAUUUUAGACCGGAUGAGCAGCCGUUGGCGUGUAGCCUUCGCUUGCACAUCCUUAUGAAUUGCGACAUGGACGAACCAGAUACCACGUGGCAAGGGCAGAUUCUCGGGCUUGUCAAAGCGGCGAAUGAACAACCAAACUCUUCGAUGCGCAACAUCCUGUUCCAUGCAGCAACUCGAGGAGUAUCCAGUACGAAGGAGAAUUUGCGAAGGAUGUGCGGGAAAGAUGACAUUGAGACAUUAUCCAAUCAGUUGGAGAGAUCGAAUAGGGGCACGCUUGGCGACAGCUGGAAGGGAAACUAUCAAAGUAUACCUCAGGUUCUCUGUAGACUGUGUCUGGAUGAAGAUUCGGGGAUCAGAGAAGGUGCAAUAGAAGCCCUUGUGCGAAUGUCUGCAGACGAUCAAUUAUGUGCAGAGUUCGAACGUGCAUUUGAAGAGCUCGUGUCUAUGAGGAAUAAAGAUCAGAUUCCGGCAACUCUGGCGGUGACCGCCGCGUUGGUCCAAAAUGGUAGGAUGUGCACCUGUGAGAAGAAGAAGGUUCAUGAAGCGAGGGAUGGCGGUCAUUACACAAGGGGUUCAAAAUGCUCAUCACGAGUGCUGGGAGGGAUCCGUAAAUGCGAGCAUGAUGUUGGCGCGCCGUGGUACGUCGAGGGAUUCGCAUCUACUCAAUCUGACGAAUAUAAAGUCGAAAUGCAAUCCGAAAUCAUAGAGAUGAUACCGGGUCUUAUUCGUCUAAUGACCCACAAUGAUAGCACUCGCUACAGAGUAGAGAGGAAUCUAAUGGACAGUAUAGAUGCGUUCGAACCACAAAUCAGGGCCUUGAUCCAAGAUAUCACAACUCUACUUGGCCACGACUCUAAUGAGGUUAUGAGGGGUGUAGUACGGAUCGUUGAAGCCUUUUCAGCGGAUGAAUUCAAGGCUGCGGUACAAAAGAUCAUAGAUCUACACUCCCACAAUUCUGAAUUUGCUCGAGGGAUUGCGAUGAACACUAUAAAGGACCUUUCGGCCCUAGCGGCGUUAGAGCUAGAAAUCAGGGCCGCUAUACCUCAAGUUAUUGAGCUACUUUCUGACAGCUCCGACUCCGUUCGGGGAGCUGCAGUAAGCGCUCUAAUUACCUUGACGGCACAAG